GGGAGGAAGGGCGAGGGAGGCAGCCACUGCCAUCGGCGCCUCCUCACAACUCCCCAGAGCCGCACAAGUUACACAAGAGAGUCGCCAUUCAGCUGAAUCCCAGGACCAGCCACGGACGCCGCCCCUCGCCUCGCCGCUGUCAGCUGAUCGAACUUCUUGACCCGAACUCUCGAGCGAGAUGAAGCCGUGGGGGAGCAAGGAAUUCUGGGGCGUGGGAUCCGAGUACGACCCCGACUGGCUGCUGACGGAGACGCAGAAGAAGAUCCGGGAUGAUUUGAUGGAACUCUGCAGGACUAAGAUUCGGCCCCAUGCUAUCGAAUGCGACAAGACCUACACGUUCCCCCGCGCUUCGCUGAACGCCAUGGGGGACCUGGGGCUUCUGGGCCUCAUCAUCCCGAAGGAGUUUGGCGGGAUGGGCGAGAGCCACACCUGCGCCGCCAUGGUCGUGGAGACGCUCGCUCGUUACGGCUGCCCCGCCUCCGCCAUGAUUUAUACCAUGCAUCUGGGCGCCUGCUCGACCCUGCUCUUCAGGUACCACAACAACCCCCACCUCAAGAAACUCCUGCAGAGGAUCCCCAAGGAGAAGCUCCUGGGGGCCCUCUCUGCCUCGGAUCCUGCCACUGGAUCCCACGACUGGUUCCCUCUGUCCUCGAAGGUGCGCCGCCUCAACGCCCGCACCGUCGAGCUCCUCAAGUACGGCUCCUGGUCCACGGGCGCCGGCUACGCUGACUUCUACACCCUCCUGACGGUCAGCCCGGACUUCAAGGACAACUACGCGAACCUGUCGUGCUUCCUGGUCUAUAAGGACGAGAUCCGCGCCUCGUCGGAUGAGUGGAGCGCCCUGGGGAUGCACGCCAACAUGUCGGGUCCGCUGCUGGUGGAGGGCAGGUUCGACGUCGAGAGGAUGAUCGGGCCGCCGGGAGAUGGCAGGAAGAACAUGGAAGAAUGCAUCGACUCCAGCUUCCUCCUGCUGACGUCCAGCUGCUGGAACGGCAUCGCCCUCGGCUGCAUCGACGUCGGCAAGAAGAGCGUGACGAGGCGGGCACACGCGGACGUCGGGAUGAGGGUGUGCGACUACCCGGUCAUCCAGGACUACUUCGGCGAGUCCCUGAUCGACACCAACAGCUCUCGAAGCAUGGCGUUCCUGCUGGCGAAGUCCCUGGACGACGCCACCAACAACAACGACUGGGCACCCCACGCUGACAUCAACUACCUCCCCAGGUGCAAACUCCUGCCGUGGCUGUGGCAGCUGAAAUUCGUGGCAGCCAAGAACGUGAGCGUUGUGGCGGACCGUAUGUUGUAUGCGUGUGGCGGCGAAGGCUACAAGACUGACCUCGGCUUGGAGCGCCUCAUCCGGGACGGCAAGGCGGGCUGGGUCAUGGCGCCGAGCAACGAGCUACUGAAGAAUCUGGUGGGGAUGUCAGCUCUUAAGGGCUUCAACGCCAUCGACCUGUGGGGGGAGAGCGCCAACGAGCGCGUGCUGCAUCAGGAGGUCAAGAAAAUGACGCUGGAGCAGAAGGAGCGCAUCGGACGUCGCCUGCUGGAGGAGGCGUCCCAGGAGCGACAGGGCGCCUCGGCCAACCACCCGCACCAGGACACGGACUUCCUCAACCCCUUCAACACUGCGCAGCCGAAGGCCCUCACGCAGGAUCUGAAAACCCCCGACGGAGUGGUGCACAGCGCCGCCCUUCGCCAAGACACCUGGACGCCCCUCGCCCUCGUCUCGCGCAAGGACGUCGGGAGCAAGAUGAGCUCCUUCGUCUUCGCCCUCCCCAGGGGCACGGACCACACAGGAUGCUUCCCCGGACAGUUCCUUGCGGUGCGAGUGACCGUCGACGGCAAGCACCACCUGCGCUACUUCUCGCCCGUGUCUCGCCCUCAAGGACUUUCGGCCGCGUCGAGCUCGUCCCUCAGGUUCGAGUCCCAGGGCAUCGGUCUCGAAACUUCUUCAAAGGCGCUUCAGCCGGGUGAGAAGGUGGACUUCCAGGGCCCGUGCGGCGGCCUGGAGUACGAGCCCAAUCAGCUGGAGGUGCUGACGGUGCUGGCCUCGGGGGGCGGAGUCACCCCGGGGCUCCAGCUGCUCCGCUGCGUCGCCCAGGACCCCUCGGACAACACGAGGGUCAUGCUCCUGUAUUACGUGGACUCCAUUGAGGAUAUCCUUCACCGCGAGGAGCUGGACGACCUCGCAGCCAAGGGGGGAGAGAAGAUCAAGGUCGUUUACACCCUGGGGGAGACGCCGGAGGGAUGGGACGGCGAGGAGGGCUUCAUCGACUCGCAGAUGAUCGACAGACACGUCGCCAAGCCAAACGGGAUCAAGCACAAGAUCGUUGUGUGCGGCGGUCCCACCAUGUCUGUGUCCUGCGUGCACGCCCUCAAGACCCUGGGACACUCCUCCGAGAAUAUCUACAUCUACGGCCAGUUCGGCGUAGAGCAAGUGAAAGCGGUCUACGGUCGAUACGCCAAGCUCUCGUCCCACCGCUGCGACCAAGCCUAAGCCAGGGCGACGUUGUAGAGGCAGCAGUGAUUUCACCUCGACGCAACAGUGCUUUAAUUAGAUUAUGGUGGCCAGUUUUUUUAUGUAAGGAUGUGCUGGUUGGAGAUUUAUUAUCCAUGACAAGUAUGAAUGCUAGAUUCUUUUUUUUUUCUCAGAAUACAAUCGUCUCUGAAACAGUGAGAUGAUAGCAUGUGAAUCAUGUGUAUGUGAUG